UCAGCAUUCAGUUGACGGUUACAUUUCAACGCGUUCGCAGGUGGAAAUUCAGUUGACGGAAAACACAACGCAAAACAUGUAGUGGAACAGUGACAAGCACAAAAACAACAGCAAUAACAAAUAGCAGUCAAGUAGCAAGCCGUAGUUGAUGUGUCUAUUCUGCGGCAACAAGCGUUCAAAUACCCAAACAUUAAACCCCAAACAAAAGCCGCCGUGGUGGAUUUGAACGUUAACGAUGCGUAUCGGAAGCAUAUGUAUAUAUGUACGCAUGCGUCUACAAAUAUUUGGACUAUAUUGCGGAAAUAAUUAAAAUAACAAAAGUGGUUGAAGAAAUAUACAACAACAAAAAACAAAAAAAAAAUUAGUAACAUUUUUUCAUUGCGAAAUUGGGUUACGUGCAAAAACGGCGCAUAAAACAAUAGAUUUUAAUUUGUGGUAAAUACAAACAGCAAUACUUGUGACUAACGUGUAAUUAAUUAAAAGCGAAACAUCAUCGAAUUACAAAGAAUUUUAAGUUUAUUCGAAUAGCAAGCUGCUGUUGGUUGAGUUUGUGGUGCAACCGCGUGUGUGAGUGAUGGCGAGUUCAAGAGUAGCAAAUUGCAGCAAACGCAGCAAAGCUAAAUGAAUGCAAAACCGAAAAACCAAACGCGAAUUGCAAUUGCCAACUCGCUGUGCAACGGCCAAUAAACAAAGUUGGUUGCCACAACGGGGUCGGCUCAUCGAAGAGUAGUGCAAUAAAAGACCCACCGACCGACUGCACAUCGAAAACUUGAAAGUGGACUGCAGCGAAUGCUUGGAAUUCGAGCAGCGAUAACAACAACAUGUGUUGCAAGUCAAAUUAGUGUUCAAAAUAAAUACGAAAUACUCCAAAUACAGUUAAUUAAGCAGUAAUUUCAGUGGUGUUCAGUUUCACUGUCAAACAGUUUAUGGCUUAGAACAAAGGCAAAAGCAAAAAAAAGACCGUGUUUGGCCAAGUUAAUAACGAAAUACUCAAUUAGACUCACUCACAUAAAGCUAGCAAUAAAAUGCAAUAAAAAUAACAAAAGCAGCAAUAAACUGUGCAAUAUUCAUACGAUUGGCGUCAACGUGAUUUUUUGCAAAUUCCAAGCAAAUAUGUGACAGCUUUGGCCAAUGUGUUAAUCGGCGAAACAGCGCAAAUCCAGCAGCAUCACAUACCACGGCUAUUUUCCCCCAACGCCAACAACAUUACAGACAUACAGCGAUACUAAGGCACAUAGCUAUAACAACAUGCUGACCGAUUGCAGUAGCAUUCAAGGCUCCACGGCGAGCUCGUCGAGUGACGUUAUGACACUGGCCACUACCUCUUCCUGGUGCGCCAUGAGCAUACCUUCCUCAGCGGCGGCGGCCGCGGCAGUGGCGAGCACUCGCCUGCGCAUACUGCGCCUCGUGCGUCCGCAUGCGCGCCGCAUUUUGGUCACGCCCGACACCAGUCCGUCGUUCGGGUUCACCGUACGUGGUGGCAAAGAGUUUGGCACCGGAUUUUUCAUAUCGAGUGUGGAGCGGAACAGCGAGGCCGAACUGAAGGGAAUGCGUAUUGGUGACCAAAUUCUACGAAUAAAUGGCUUUCGCGUAGACGACGCCGUACACAAGGAGCUCAUACAAUUCAUAACGAACCAAGAUAGAAUUACCAUGAAAGUGAGAAGUGUGGGAAUGCUGCCGAUCAAAGACAAAGACACCGACAAAUUGUCUUGGCAUGCGGUGAAGACUUUCACUAACGGCAGCAGUGCCUCGUCCGAGAGUUCUUACAAAGUCAUACCCGAACGUGAAACACGCAACAAGGAGGUCAAUAUCACGCUUGACGUAGCGCCGCGCACAAAACUCGGACUGGGUAUCUGCAAAGGACCCGAGUGGAAACCGGGCAUCUUUGUGCAAUUCACCAAAGAAAAGAGUGUGGCACGCGAGGCUGGACUACGUCAAGGUGAUCAAAUACUCAGUGUCAACAGCAUAGAUUUCUCCGAUGUGCUCUUCAGCGAGGCAGUGGCGGUAAUGAAGAGCGCCAGCAAAUUGGAGAUGAUCGUGCGCAAAGCAGCCGGAUGCGAUCUAUUUCCGGGCGAGUCGAGCGGCUACAACAGUUCCGCCAGUUCGGUGACGGGCGAUCAAAGCCCCUGCUGGGCGGACGCCAAGUCGAAGCGCUUGACAGCGGUAUGCGAAGAAACGACCACCACCGCGCCGAUUUGGAAUGAGUCGUCAGGCGCGGCAACAGCUUACACCGAGCAACAGCGACGCGCUGACCAACAACAACACGGUUGUAACAAGCAUAAUAGAGAUGCACCGGAAAAGAAACCAGUCGGUAGCCAGCAACAAGUCAAUAAAACCAUUAUUAAAUUGUCCGAGCAGGGCACAUCCAUUAACAACACAUUCGUGAGCAGCACACAACCGGUAGCUCAUGGCUCACGACUCACCAGUGAGUAUGGCAUACCGCGAUCGGUGAACACCAUCGGCUCACAAGAAGUGCUGCCGCUACCACCGCCGAUGGCCGCAAUGACCGCCAAUGGUUCUUCGUAUGCCACGCGUGAGGAACGUGAGACUAGAACGGUGACUGUCGAAGUGCAUCGCCAACAGGCGGAAGAGGCAAAGCGGCAACAGCAACAGCAACAAAAACAAAUGCAACAGUUGCAACAACAACGCGUUGAAUUCAACAGUCACUAUCGCCACAACACGCUGCAGCCAACACAUUCUUUGCCCAGCCACACAACGCCAACAAAGCAUCCGGAAUUCCAGAAAUGCCUACGCAACAACAGCACACAACAACAACAAUCACAACAACCCCAACAGUUUCAACCAACACAACAACAAAGCGCACAGAAUUACCGCAACACGCGCCCAGCAGUAGACAGCAGCUCACUCUCCAGUGCCAUAACCGAGGAGCUGAAGAAACGCAAAGAGAAACAACAGCGAAUCAAUGCGGCAACAGCCACUAAUAACAACAACAGCGACGGUAACAACAACAAUAGCAGCAGCAGUGCGCACAGUCAGGGCAAUUAUAUAAACAUCAACGGCAAGCAGCAGAACCAUUACAGCCAGUGCAGGCAACAGUCGCCACAACAACAACAGCAACAGCUUCACCACCACAACACGGUCCAUCAGCAGCCUCUUGCAUUGAAGUCACAACAACAACAACAAUCACACUGUCAUACCACGCCACUGUCGCCGUCUUCAUCAUCACUCUCAUUAUCUGCGCCGCCAACAUCCCCAACGAAUUCCUCCGCGCCUGCGCCCAUAUCUGGCUCCAACGCUGCCACAGCCGCGUUGAGUGCUCGCGCUGUUAGCAACAAUGUUAAUGGCAGCGAGCGCAACAACCACAGUCACAGCAACAACAACAACAACAAUAGCAGUAGUCAAAACAUUCCGACAGUUGGUGGCUCAACAAUUGCCGGUGUCGGUGUUGGCGCUGGUGAUCAGCACAGCGCGUUGAUGGACGAGUUUAAACGUGCCCACCAGCGCAUGUUCAAAAACGGGUUCCAAGAGACUGAACGCAAGGAACGUCAGGAGGCGUUACGCAAAACCACCAUGAUGGAGGACGAUGUCAAUCAUCGCGCAAGUCGUAUGUUUCGCAAUGAGAAUGGACCGACAGCAAACGGAACACAGUUCCAAAUACCACCACCGGUAAGCCAAAUUGAUCCGCCGCAAUUUGCCAGCUCACCGCCGAGAAAUCAGCCGGCACAAUAUAACACAAACAACAAUAGCAGCAACAACAACAACAACAACAACAAAUUCAAUACGCAACAACAGCAAAUGCAGCAAAAGUCCAAUAACAAUUACAACAACGGCGCAACAACAGCGCUUAAAGCACCGACAGAGCAACCGCCGAAGCCACCAGCCACCCCUGUGCCCGAUUAUGAUAAUGUGGAAAUACGCACAAAAGCAACAACAAUUAGCAGCAGCGUAAGACCGUCAUACGGUUAUGCCAGCACGAAUAUAGUCACAAAUGGACGCGAUGCAUCGAAUGAGAACAACAACGGUACUAAUAACAAUAACAACGGCAAUAGACGCACACUGCGCGCCGGCACCAUAACCAUCGGCGAAUAUGAGCAGCCUCAGCAGCGACGCGAACCGGCUAAAUUUGAUUUUGUAGGCAGUCCGCGGCGCAGUAAUGGCAGUGCAACGGAAGCCAACGUCGAUAAUCUACAAACGGAACUGCAGCACACGUUGACGCGUUCGAAGCUCAAGAAGUCCGCCGAGCUGCUGGAGCAUCAGAGCAACUGUCCGCUGCGCAGCAGUUACGAGAAUUACGAGAAUGUGGCCAGGAAGCUGCACGGUGUGAGCAUAAAUGAGGUGGCCAGCACGGCGCCGCCGCCCAUGCGCAUGAGUAACGGUACAGGAAAUGGUUCAACGAAUGGCAUACUGAAGAAUGGCAAUCGUCACAGUGGCGGCGGUGGCGCAGGUGGCACGAAGCACUCGGACAAGACCAUCAGCUUCGGUAAUUGAGAGGAAGGAAGUCUAACUAAAGCUGUAAAUGGAAAGAAGAUUUUGCUUGUAUUAUAAAGCAGCGACUACGGUCGCAAGCUUGCUAAGUUAUCUAGCCAUAUAUUUAAAAUGUUUAUGUACACAGAAAAAUAAUAUAAUCUAGUGUUAAUUUUAGUUGUAAGGGAUGCUGUUAGUAGUAUAUGGUACUUUUUGUUUAAACAAAUCUGGCAAUUGUAUAUAAUAUGCGCUAUCUAAAAUUAUAAAAUGGUAAAAAAUGCGAAAAAUUCACAAAAUUUCGGUUGUAAAUGUCUCUCUCUCUUCUAAUGCUCUUGCACUAGUUUACGAAAAAUAUUUGUAAAUAAGAAGCUUCCAAGCUCUACACAAAUUCGCUCAAUUAUCACAUAGAGCUUAUACAUACAUAUAUCUCUGUACAUACAUAUACAAUUCAUUUAAAUAUUUCGUAUCUUUAAUACAUAUAAAAUAUAUUUCCAAAAGGCAGCUUAGACAUAAGCAAUUGUUAUCACAUUUAUAACUUUGUAAUAAAAUCAUAUAGAUACAUACAUACAAA